AACAUGCCCUGAACAGGCUUUACAGUUCCCACUACCCACCUCCAUCGAUUAGCUUCGUUUUCUGCUGUGCGACGUCCCAGUUAUUGGAGAAAAGGACCGUAGCGAAUGGCACAAGCGGCGAGGCUGAUCCUGCGAAUGCAAAAGGAGCUGAAGCUCCUCCUCUCAGACCCACCUCACGGCGCCUCCUUUCCUUCUCUCUCCUCCUCCUCCUCCGCUCCCUCCCUCUCCUCCAUCGACGCCGAAAUUGAAGGCCCCGAAGGCACUGUUUAUGCUAACGGAUUAUUUAAGCUUAAAAUCCAAGUUCCGGAGAGGUACCCUUUUCACCCUCCUGUUGUGACUUUCGUCACUCCAAUUUAUCAUCCGAAUAUAGACAAUGGAGGUCGCAUUUGCUUGGAUAUUCUCAAUCUUCCUCCAAAGGGGGCAUGGCAGCCAUCUUUGAACAUUUCAACUGUAUUGACUAGCAUUGGGUUGUUGUUAAGUGAACCAAACCCUGAUGAUGGCUUAAUGCAUGAUGCGAGUAAGGAGUACAAAUAUAACAUGCAAGCUUUUUAUCAGAAAGCAAGAUCCAUGACAGAAAAGUUUGCUAUGCAUCGAGCUAGCCAAGUUGCUGCUUCUGUUCCUCGCCAAGAAUUUCAUACUCAAACAAAUCCUCACACAGAAAUAUUGCAGGUUGACAAUAAGGGACCGAGCCAAAACAGAUCUAGUGGAGUUAGCAGAAUGUUAUCUCUGGAUUGUUUAGGAUCCGAGCACCAUGAGGACUCUAAUACUAAUGAAGUAAGUGAAAUCCCUGCUAAUUAUCUCUUGGACAAUCAGAAUGAAGCCGGGGGAUCAAAGCCUAAGAGAAAUACUGCAGAGGGAGUGAAUGAAAUUCACUCUAACAAUCAGAUUGAAGCUGAAUUUGGUAGGGGAAGAAGCUUUUAUAGAAGCUUGAAGCGGAAACAGUCGCUAGCACAUCAUGAUUUGAAACUAAAGAACAGAACACAAUGCCAUACAAUAUCUGAUUUUCCACAGCCUGGAACCACCAUUCAUCACAACGGGGACACUGUUUGCAGAAACUUAAACCAGCUCACCACAAUGAAACACAAGAAGCUUGGUUUGUCUGGUAGGAAAAUCUCUUUGGGGUCUUCCUGUUCAACUCAUCCUAGUCUGCAAAAUAACAAAGAAAACUUGCUUUCUUCUAACACCUUUGCUGAUCCCAAGGGAAAUUUGCAUGUCAAACCAUCAGCCGUGUGUGUAAUGUCAGAAGCCGGUGAGUCUGAUGGUUUUGCUAAAAAGUCUUGUACAGGGAUAGUUCUCAAUAUGCCUGAUGGGAAUCAACAAAGGCGGCCUUUGAAAUCUAUGGAUCAUUUGCAAGAAAGUGUCGACAUUCAGCAAUUGGACCAGAUGCAAUGUCAACAAGACAAAGUGGGAAAAAAUGUAUUAAAGGAAAUAGAAACGUCAACAUAUGAUCAUGCAGUGAUUGUAUUGGAUAGUGAGGAUAGUGAAGAUGACAGCAGCUUGCCUGCUAGGUCUAAACUGUCACUUGCACUGAAGUCCUUGCCAGUUAAGCAAAAAGCUAAAACAUAGGACUUUUCUGUAAGUGGAUAGAUGAGGGUGUGAUAUAAUUGCUCAUAUGAGAUGCUGCACCAAACAUUUGGUCAGUAAGCUUUUAAAAAGAACUGCACUUGUAUGAUGAUGACCUCAUUAAAUGAAUUUUUUUACCGUAUCCGGUUAGUUUUUGUCUUUAUGUUUUAUUGUUCCAUGCUACUCAUGAUUCUGAUCCUGUUAUAGAAAAGGACUAGGUUCGUACACCGUCAAUAAUAUGCAGA